GCUGACGUCAGUGUCUUGUCUGUCUUGAUGAUUUUCUGAAUUUAGUGAUUACCGUUUGGCGGCUGAUUUUAUAAAAUUUACAUAAAUAAAAUUAAAACCCGGUAUUUCAAAAGUUACUCUCAAGCUUUUCACGCUAUAAAAAUGUCAUCAGGACCAGAACCCAAGGCCAUGGAAGCGGAAAAUCAAGAAGCGGGAUCGAGUAUAUUUACCGAUAUAAUUUAUAGCCCCGUUAAUUUGCUAUUGACUGUAAAUUGUGUUUUUAUUGUUGUAAUGAUAUAUAAAUUAUUAAGGAGUAGGUUUUCUAAACAGUCAGUCGAAGCUGCGAUCCCAGAAUUGCCUAAAAUUCGUAAAGAUAUGACGGUGGCCGAAUUGCGGCAAUAUGAUGGGAUUCAGCCGGACGGGCGCGUGCUGGUGGCUGUAAAUGGGUGGAUAUUCGACGUUACGCGGGGACGCCGCUUCUACGGGCCCGGUGGUCCAUAUGCUACAUUUGGCGGUAAGGACGCCUCCCGAGGGCUGGCGACAUUCUCCGUGACGUCAUCAGACAAGGAGUAUGACGACCUAAGUGAUCUCAACUCUAUGGAGAUGGAGUCAGUUAAAGAGUGGGAGGCUCAGUUCCGAGAGAAAUACGACCUAGUGGGGCGCCUCCUGAAGCCGGGAGAGGAGCCCACUAACUACUCUGACGAGGAGGGGGAAGAGACCGACCCAUCCACCACCAAUUCCGUCGACAAAAAGGAAAACUAAUUACAAUUACUUGUUUAUUUUUAUACAUCUAUUCGAAAUAAGGUUCCGGUACACUUGGGCGUUUACUUGUAACAUCAAGAGUUCUGUUUUUUUAUAAAUAGGAUACUAAAAUGACACUUCUAUCGGCUAUUACAUUCGUGAUAUUUAUGUCAUAUACGAAACAGUUACCUAUAAUAAGCUCUUUAUGAACACAAUGGAAUGAUAAAACCGUUUUGUUUGAUCGAUUCUUGUUCAUUAAACGCUACUGUUGCUACAAGUGAAUGUUUAUAUGUAUAUGCACCUUAAUAACAUUGGCUUUGGAUACCAUUUGGAAGUAAAGUACUUACAUGAGCUUACAUUCCUGGAUGGUGUUUUUAAUUGCGCAAAAUUGCGACUUACGGCGAAAAUUGUAUUUCGAAUAAUAAAUUCGCUGCAUUUACGAUCCGAACACACCGCAUUAUAGCGUAUGAAGCACAUAUUUGCGACGUCGACACUCAACAUGGCACUCGCUAAUUUAAACUUAUAUAUCAAAAGGUGGUUGAUAUAAAAAUCUUUUUAUAUAAAGCAAACAUAACCUAAAUGAUGGGGGUAGCAUUAUUUUCUACUAGCAUUUAUUUACUCAAAAACUAAUUUAAAUUCUAAUGUUCAAGGUCAAUUAGCUUUAAUUCUAUGUGCUUGAUAACUUUGAAAAGAAGUCUAAAUUAUUUUAAACUGUAAGGAGGUAAGGUUGUUUUUUAUACGAUUAAUUGGUUGAGUCAAGAUAGUUGCUAAUACCUAGGUACCCAUGUCGUGACGUCAUGUAUUCGAUUUCUCAAAAAUUUAGAUCAGAAACGCUUGAUUUUUAUCAAAUUUAAUACCAACACUGUCUUAAUAAUACCUACACAUAUUUACUAUUACUAUUACGCACUGAAACAUAAAAUGUACCUAGGUAUUUAGUGCAAUCUACACUCAUUUAUUAAGAUGAACUUCACGAGAAUGUAGAGUUAAAAACUGUUGUUGCGUUUGUACGGUAUUUAUUUGCAUUGUCAAUGCGAUCGGAUUUUUUAAAGAGAAAGUCUUUGAAAUAGGUAUUGGAUUAUAAUAUAUAUGUAUUUAUGCGUCAAUAAGAUUUAUAAAUGAUAUCCACCAUAACUGUCUUCUUCCGCGCGAUAAUAUAUUAUCUACUAAUAAAUAUAACGUUAACCAGUCCGUGAAACGUGGUUGAUGUAACCUGCCCUAAACUGUCGAUUAAAGUUUUAACUACAUGAAUGUAUAAAGAAAACGAAGGUUUGAUGCCCAGUACACAAUAUUGGGCCGACGUACUAUAUAGGUCAAUAAGUGACGCAGCAAUACGGAGGAAUAAAAUAGCAAUAUGGCUUGCUCCCUCUAAUGCGAAACCGCGUCUCUUAGAUUGGCCUACGUUGGGCCCAAUAAGUAUACUCAGCAUGAUUCAUAACGGUUGCGUUCGGAAUCUAAUCCUAUAUGAAAACUAAAUAAGAGCCAUAUUAUCUUAAAUUAAGAGUUUUUAUCUCUAUGGUUAUGUUACAAAUGUAUAGUUUUUUUUGACAAAAAUCAGAUACUAUAGAUAAUUUUUAUAACCCUCUUCAAAUAAUUAUUCAGUAACCAUAGAUAGAUUUUCAUAUUCUGAAUUUAAGAUCGUGUGGAAUGUCCAUAUGCAAUUGGUGCUGCUGAUUGCCGUACAAAUCUAAUAAUGGAACACCGACUUCGGCGUAAGAGACAAGACGCACGUCCCAUAGGGCUAAUAAGGGGCUCUUCAUAAGUGUGAACUAUGAUUUUAUAUGUAAAAUUGAUAAUAAUUAAAUUGUACAUGUGUCUUCAUAUAAAGCGUUCUAUUGUAAGCACUCAACUGAGUGAUUUGUUGCUAAUAUUUAACAUUCUAUAUUAUAUGGAUAUAUUUUAUCGUCUUGAAACUGUUGCUUUUACUGAAUAAUUUCAAGUUAUAUUGUCCAAUUAUUGAAAGACUGAGUGUUUGUAUAGUAUGUUGGUUGAAUUGAAGGUAAAAUUUAUUUAUUGUGCGUAGUAUUUUUGUAUCAAAUUCUUAACAGUAACAUUCAUGCUAUAAUUAAGGUCUGCACUAUUGUAGAGACCUUUUAACCCAAACAUGUCGUGUAUUGACAGCGGGAUUUUUUUUAAUUAUUGUUCUUUCGUACCGAUGAGUUCAGCACCCAACUGCAAGUUUGACCAAAAAGUUUCUUCAAGGCAUUUACAUACAUAUUUCCAAUUUCCCUUAGAACAUUUACUAAAUGCUCUAAGCAAUUUCCAUACGAGCAGUGGUGAGCAGAAAUAUGCAUAUUUAUAUUGUACCUAUGCCCUUCUAAACUUUCUACGUUUAUUUAUUUACACUAUGUAGCGGUACUUAAAAAGUGUAUGUCUUGGUGUAGAAUAAAAACAGAAAUGUAUUCUUAACAAACUAUUUUAAUGUUGUGCAUAAUAACACAUAUGUUCAUAUUAUUUAAAUAAUUGAAAUAAGGAUAUGAAGGAUGUUUUAAGUUUGUUUUCAAUGUUUUUUGCAAAAAAUCGAGUAGGAAUCCCUAAUGAAUUUGACAUCGACACAUCACUAGUGAAAAAUAUAUGUGUAAAGCGGUAUUUUAAUGUAUUGUUCUUUUGUUGAAAUCAUGUUUUGUUUAUUGUUACAAGUGUUAUUUUUAAGAAACCUUGGUGUAUGUAUGUUUUGGGAUAACAAUAAUUGUUAUUCAAACCCCUUUUGAACUAGUAUUGUAAGUUAUGUUACUGCAUUUUAUUAAUUUUAGUUUGUGCUACUUACAUUCGAGCAUGCUUAAAUAAUAAUCCAGUGUUUACACAUCGUAAAAACAUUACUUUAAUAUUUUUAAGUUGAGCUAAGAAAUUUACUUUUGAAUAAUUAGUGUAUUCUUUAGGACGUGUUUUGGAACAUAACUAUUUAUUUAUUGUUGUUGAACAAAAUUUAAAGCCGCCUUAAAAGUCCUUAAUUAAACCGUGUUUACACAACCAUCUGCCUAUCAAAAGACGCGUUGACAGUAACAAUGCUUGAGGCUGUUAACUAUCGAACACGGCAGCCUGCUGUAAAUUUAAUACGAUGCGCCCUUAAAAUUAAAAAUGUGAGUGUUCCAAGAAUAGGUUUAUGCGGUCGCACCUCAGAGCGGCUAGCGAUGAAACGCUAUCAACACUUAUGCUAUCCUACUGUAAAGGCCCUUUCAUAUUUAGUGCAUGAAUCACAUCGCGAAGCCUUCGCGAGAUUAAGAAUCCGAGCCUCAGAUUUUUUUCGCCUACGCGCCUUUUUUCUAAAUUUUUGUCGGUUUGUCCCGCAACUAAAAGAGUGGGAACUACUAUCAUCGCCUCAUUGGUUCGUGGUUAGUGGUGGUGUUUUGUUUUUCUCGCGUGAUUCAUGCACUUAAUGUGAAGGUCCCUUUAUAAGACCUGUCUGAUAAGGAUACAGGCAAACGUGUCAAAUGUACACAACAUGUCGCAAGAUGUGUUGCUGGCGCUAAACAAAGACAAACUAAAUAUUUAUUGUAACAUGUCACAUGGAUUUAAUUAAAGCGUUUUAUAUAAUUUUAA